UACCCGUAACAUUUCAGUUUCGAUUUCAAAGCGGAGGAACUGUGAAACUCAGUAGCUUCAGAAUAGUACAAAAUGGCUCUUCUUGACGUUUGCGGGAUAUCAGAUUGGGUUAAAGAGGACGGAUUCAACGCGGAACGAGCGUCGGUGGAUAAAGUCAAUCACUUCAAUUUCGCUGCUCAGACACCAGAGUUGGCGGUACCCGUUGGAGUUGAUCCAGCAGAGUUUCUUAGGCCUCUGGUUGACAGUGAAGAGGGGGUGAAUGGGGUGAAGAUCAACCUGGAGCAUGGCACAACUACUCUGGCUUUCAAGUUCCAGCAUGGGGUGAUGGUGGCUGUUGACUCCAGAGCAUCUGCAGGAUCUUAUGUCAGCACUCAGAUGUUUAAGAAGGUGAUCGAGAUAAACCCCUUUCUACUUGGGACAAUGUCAGGCAGUGCUGCCGACUGUGUCUAUUGGGAGAGAGUCUUGGCCAAGGAAUGCAGGAUAUACAAGCUGAGGAACAAGGAGAGGAUCUCAGUAUCUGCUGCCUCUAAGCUCCUUGCCAACAUGGUGGUCAACUACAGAGGGAUGGGUCUCUCCAUGGGCACAAUG